AUGUAUAAACUACUGCUCUUUAUCUGCGCCCUCGCAUCCUCCUCCUCAGAAACGAAAGUGGGAUUGCUAUUCUCAAAACAAGACAGGUACAACAAUGCCCUGAAGAGCUUGUCCAGCUACGCCGCGCAGAACGUGUCCUAUACUCUGGUAACAGUGGAGUAUGAUGACACCAACUUACAGAGCAUGAUAGAGGCAUGUUGUCAGCUGGUGACGGACGGAGUUUCUAUGGUUAUCACCAAGGGAGAUUCUUCAGACACCGCCAUUCAGUCCGACAUAUUUUCACCAUUGGAAAUCCCACAUAUAGCAGUCUCAGCUACUGAUCCGUUUCUUUGGAAUAAAAAUCGGGAAUACAUUAUUCGAAUGUUGGCAUCGGAUUUUUAUCAGAGCGAAGCUAUCUACAGUUUGAUCAAAUAUAACAACUGGCACGAAGUUUCAAUUCUGGCAACGGCAGAUUCGUAUGGACUAAACGGGAUGGUAAAACUAGAAAAUUUAUUGAUAACAGACUCAAGUGUAAGGAUAAAAGAUUUGAUAUUUUUCUCAGAUAAUACUACAACGGACAUAUCAGGUCCACUGUCCCAUAUCCGGCACUCCCUCGUCAAGGUUAUCGUGCUCAAUGUUGCAGCUGAGUUUGGGAAACAAGUCCUGGAAAAGGCCCACGAGUUAGGUCUGAUGGGACCAGAAUAUGUGUGGAUAGUGACGGAUGCCAUAGCCUCACAACCUCAAUAUUUAGCGGAAGAUAAUGGCAGCUGUCUGAGUUUCUACGAGGGAUUAAUAGGGAUCAAGCCAGCACAAAUAAAAGGUAGCAAGUACAAGCAAUUUAAAGACUCGUACAUUUUGAACGGUGGUAGCGCUGAAGAUUUGACCAGUUACACAGUCCUGACAUACGAUGCAGUAGGAUUUGUUGACGCAGCACUGGGAGGAGUUUCAGAGGAAAUUACACAGGAUGCGGAAUGCUCUUCUGGAUCAGAAAGUUGGAACCAAGGUAAAACUGUACUGGACUCAAUACUACAAACCAGGUAUACGGGAAUUUCGGGAGAAAUCAGUUUCACGAAUCACGGAGAAAGAAAUGAGCCGUCUUACGAUAUACUGAACUUUGUUGAUGAUAAGUUCACAACGGUUGGUACUUGGACCAACUCAUCAGGCCUCCAGAUGACGAAAGAAAUACAGUUUUUCGCUGGAACCACUGGUCCAACUGGUGUAGCGAAGAAUUUGGCAGGUAAACACUUGAGAUUAGGGUCAGUAGAGGAGAAACCUUUCAUGUUUUAUUCCACGGAGGAAUGCAAGGGAAAUGCCUGCUGGUCGGGAAUGGUAAACGACAUGGUGGUCCGGCUUGCUGAAGAGUUGUCUUUCACAUACGAGUAUAUUCCUCCGGCUGAUUUAAAGUUUGGAGCAAUAAACGAGACUACCAAGGAAUGGAAUGGGAUGAUCGGAGAUUUGCUAGCAGAUAAAACUGACAUGAUAGCCAUGAUCGAUCUGUCAACCAACUCAGCCAGAAAAAAUGUCAUUGAUUACAGCUUCCCUUUUAUGGACGCAGGUAUAAAAGCGGUGGUGAAGGGUGAAUCAGGGACAGGUAACAGAUUCUUCUUCUUGUCUCCAUUCGACCCUCUUGUCUGGUCGAUGGUUCUGCUCACAUAUUUCAUCCUGGUUGCUCUCAUCUGCUUUCUAGGCAAGUUCUCCCCCUAUGGUAAGUACGGAGCUAAACUUAACGCAGUGAGAAGGUGUUCUUGUACUGAAUGUGUAACACGGAGAGAUGAAAUGAAAAAGAAACAGUGCUCACUGCACAGCACAAAGAAAUAUAAUUGCCUCGUGGAGAAGGUAAAGGAGGAGGAGGAUGUUUCUUUCUACAGCUCGUUGUGGUUAAUGAGCACUGGUCUGGUGGGACAAACAAUUGGAGCACUCCCCCAUUGUAUAUCCGGACGAUUCCUCCUCAUGACUUGGUGGACGUUCAUGUUAAUUGUAACCUCCAUGUACACCGCCAACCUCACCGCCUCCCUUACUCUCAGUAACCUCGGGAUAUCCUUGAGCACAGUCCUUGAUCUACUGGCACAGGAUACGUACAAAUGGGGGGUCAUUGGGAGCAGACAUCCUGAGACUCUUCUGAAGACGCACAUGGACUCAAGUUACUCAAGACUUGUUAAUGAAGGAAUCAAGUUACAGGGACUGAACGAUGCGGUGGAAACAGUACGUGAUGGGUACUUUGUCUUCAUAGACGAGUCGCCCGUCCUAGCAUACAAUCUCAGAGGGGACUGUGAUAUAUUUUCUGUCGGAGAAGAGUUUCAAUCCUUUGAAUACGCUUUUGGUCUACCAAAAAACUCUCCGUAUGAAUCUCUUAUAGACACAUACCUUCUCAAGUUCAGAGAGGAAGGUUUUAUUGAUACUCUGUGGGAAAAGUGGGCAGCCGGAGCCACCGUGUGUUCCGCAUCAGGAAUGGGAGAGAAGGUCACGUGGGAUCUGGAUACUGUAGCCGGAGUGUUUUAUUUAUUGUGUUUAGGAGUCGCCAUUUCUUUGACUUUGUUUUUGGUUGAGUUUGUAUAUGUUUCUGUUGCGGAUGCAAAGCAGACGAAAGGCCUUACUUUCAUGAACGCUUUGAAAAUACGCUUUACAUUUAUCAGCAAUGAUUUGUCAAACGGAAGAAGAAGUCCUGAUCAGAGAAAUGAAAAUGACGCCGAAAUUAGAGUAGAAGAUUUUAUGAUAGAAAAUUUUGCUAAGGAGGCAGACUGA